GUAGGCGAGCGAGAUAAGGAUGGAAAUGGAUGCCUGGAAUUCAAUAUGGCAGAUAGGAAUCCCGAUAUAAUUUAAAAAAGAGAAUUUAAAGAAGCGUGCUCGUUUGUUGACAAUGUAUGUUAAAAUCGAAAUAUGGCAUUGUAUGACAACAAACACUGGCUCCUCUCGCAUAUCAGAAAUUCGUUUAUCGCCGCCGAUGACUCAGGAAUGUGUGAGGUUGUUAUGAUUUGUGACAAUAUAGCAAAACAGACUCAGUUAAGUAAAUAUAGCUGCUAUCCGGGAGUUGAGGAGGAUGAAGAUGAUGACGGUCAAUCAUUUGACCUCAAUUCUGACUUGCAAUUUGGCCUCCGGAGGCACAGGUUGAAUACAGCCCAGAGGUUAGAGAAGCUCGAGGAAGAAAAGAAAAAAGCUGCGAACAUAAUGCACGUAAAAUGGGAGGCCAAUCCGAACCCGCUUUCGGCUGAAGAAAGGGCAGAACUAUUCCCGAAAAAGGACAUGACGAAAGUACGGGAGGAGAUAAAAAAAGUCAAAAAGAUUUCCGUCAUUACAGAGAUGCUUUCAAAAUUUCCAAACAUGCCUCUCAACCCUUUUAAGAAUUAUGCUAAAAUGGAUGGCAAUGCCCAGGUCGGCAGCCCUACAAAAAAAUAUCUAAUAUUCAUAACCAUGCUAAACGAGGAUAAGCGAAAAUACCCGAUGGAAGUUGUUGUUAUUGCUUCGGCCAAAGUCAUGGAUCUUAUUGGUCUAAUCUGUUGGAAAUGCUCUUUAGAACAUCCUGAAAUCAACUUGAGGGAUAGUGCAAGUCAUUAUGGUUUAUAUAUUGCUGAAGAUGAUGGAGAUGUGGAUUGGGAUUUCCCUUGCCUAGACUCAAGGGAGGUAGUCGGUAAAUUUGGAUUUACAUAUCUAGCACUUGUUGAAAGAGACACGGUGACUCACAACCACGAAGAAUCUUACCCUUUUAUUAUUGAAUCUACAUUGCAUCAUGUUCCUGCUGAGGCUACAAGUUCUCGAGCUCAACAAGAAGACACUCGGUCGUCUGCCCCAGUCAGUCAGACGUUUAACAUUUGUGCUUUGAAUAGAGUUAGGACUAAAACAGACAUAUAUUUAGAAAUUUCUUCGGAUAAAUUAGAGGUGACUCCAGUGAUCCAGCCUUACUUAUCUAGUGGGAGGAAAGUAAGCACGAAGCUUUGGGGAAAGCAAAGAGCAAAAUCUCACCACAUGGAUGAUGUCGUAGCUUGUGAUCUGACUGAACACAAAUCAAACAGCAGAUCUACAUUUAGGAUAGUCUAUUAUUACCACAAAAAGGACACCAGGACUGAAGAGCCGACGGGUAAGUUCAAGCCCAAAGACUACGAAAGUGAGACCCGAAUCGCCGUGGAAAUAGUCAAGAAAGUCAACGAGAUCCUCGAUUUCCGGCAGUCUUUAAGAAGGAAAGAGUACAUCGCACUCCGGGAAAGGAAAUCCCAUCGGCGGAAAAACUUCCUCGGCCCUAGAUGAUCGUUUAUAAAGAUAUUUUAUAAAAAUUUAAAAAUUUCUGUUUAAACCAGCUCAAGAAGAAAUUCCUUUAUCGUAUUUGUUACUGUGGUUUGAAAGAAAAAGGAUGUGGAAUUUUCUUGUUAGGAAAAAAAUAUGUAUAUAGAUUUUGUUAACCCAUGGAAAUUAUUAUUAUUUGUAAGAGAAAAGAGCCUCUAAGGCGGUUUUUUUAUAGGACCAAUUGUUUUUAAAUGAGAUCAGUAUUUUCCUUUUCUUCUAGAUUUUUGUUUGUUAUCUCAGUAUUUAAUUUGUAUUGGUAAAUAAAGCAAAGAAAACUAGUGAAACAAUCUAGUGAAACAACACGUUCAGUGCAGCACCCAUUUUUCAA